UGACUGAAAGAGUAUACGGUGACCUACUAAAACUAUACGAAACGGGGAAGAGUCUUGGCUACCAGAGGGAAGAAUUGGAAGAGUGGGUUGCUAAAAUCAUAAGACAGAAUGAGGAGAGAGAUGCUAGAAUGGAAGAAAGGAAAGAAAAGGCGAAAAUAGAAGAACGGAAGAUGACAAUGCAGGAAGAAGAGAUGAGAUUUAAAUGGAAACUAGAAGAGGACCAAGUAGCGGCCAAAAUAAAAAGAGACGACGAGGAAUCGAAGGCCAGAAUCGCUGCAAUUGAAAAAGAGAGUAAAGCAAAGGAUGUUGAGGAGCAAGAAAAUAGAGACACGAGGAAAAGAAAUACGCCCCAAACAAAGAGACAAAAAUUCGUGGAAGGCACGGACAAGAUGGAUGCAUUUAUCAACAGAUUUGAAAUGUUGAUGAAACUUGAAAAGGAACCACAACACGAAUGGGCCAUACAACUUCUCAGUUUGGUCGGAGGAAAGGCCCUCGAUGCACUACAAGUCCUAAGCGAUGACGAGGUAGCAAACUAUGCCAUCCUUAAGAAAACAUUACUUGAUUUCUAUCAAUACAGCGAGGACGACUACCGACAGAAGUUUCAUGAGCUAAAACCACCAUCAGACGGCAACAUGAAGCAAUUUGUUUCUGAUGUGAAAAUAACGUUCGAAAAAUGGGUUCAAGCGUCUGGAAUUGAAGAAUCCUUCGAGAGUCUGAAGCAGUUUAUCAUCGUGGACAAAAUCAUAUCAACUGCUGGGAAGAAUCUGUUUGCUUUCCUACAAGAAAGAAAACCGAGAAGUGUGGAGACCGUUAUGGAACUGUGUCAAAUUUAUGUAGCGGCACAUCCGGGCGAAAUACUACAAAAGGUUGAAAACAAUGAAGAAAUCGAAUUUGCCGCCGCAGCAGUCUCUACAACAGCACGAUUUACAAAGGAAGAAACUACACAACAACAUAGUUCUCCACAAAACAGAGAUAUACAAAGAGAACGAAAUGAUUAUAGACUAAAUCAGUCACCGGCCCAGAGAAGUGAAGUGAGAUGCUACAACUGUGGGAGAAUGGGGCACAUAGCGAAGUAUUGUCGAGAUGCCCGGAGAACAGAGUACUACAAGAACGAUGUUGUAGCCCAUGUUGGAGGCUUGGCGGAUAGCCUUUCACCUUACGUAUGUCCAGCUAUAGCAAAUGGCUAUCAUACCCACGCCCUACGCGAUACUGGGGCCACCAAAUGUGUACUCUUAUCUAAACUUGUGAGACCUCACCAGUACACUAAGAGACAAUGCAAAGUACAAGGUUUCGGAGGGCAAAUAAAGAGCUACCCAACAGCUAUAGUACACAUUAACUCUCCGUAUUUCAAUAAAAAGGUUGAAGCUAUAGUUGUUGAGAAUGGUCCAUUCGAAGUGGUGAUAGGGAAUGUACCAAAUAUAGAGUGUCCCAGUGAGACUCAGAUCGACAGAUGGAAACAAUUUUUUAACUGGGAGCCAAAACAAGAAAAUUAUGACAUCGACCAAUCAGCAACGACUGAAUUUCAAGGGCAACAACAAAUGAGACAAGGCUACGAUCCUAAAGACGUAGAAAACCUUAGUCCAACAAUUCCUUUAGAAACGAUACAACAAGUUGAAGGCGGACAACAAAAACUAAAUACAGAACAAGAAAGUUAUGAUGAUGUUGGCAGUAACGAAAAUAAGGAAGAUUUAUUUGUGCACCAGACGGCCAUAGUUAAAAGCAACCCAAGAAAAUACCCUACAAGUGUUAGAGAAGGCGGAAAAACGGAAUUUGACGUCGUCGAAGAAGAGAAACGAAAAGAAACAGCAAACGUAACUGGUCCAGGUGGUUCUAAUGUGCAGGGCAGUAGAGAUUCUGCUGACAGAAGUAGCUCUAGGACGAGUGGAUGGUAUCUAUGGUACAGAGAAAACGGCAAGGGAGGAAGGUGGCAGUAUUCAGAGGACCAAGGAGAAGUCCAGCCUCAAAGAUACCAAGGCUAUCAAGGACGUAGACCUUGUUACAGACACAACUAUGGCAGCCCACCAGUCAACAGAUAUUAUGGCAGCCCACCAGUCAACAGAUAUUAUGGCAACCCACCAGUCAACAGAUAUUAUGGUAACCGAGACAGAUGGGGAGGUCCAUGGCGACGAAGAGAAUUGGUUCGAGCUGGUUAUGGACGUGGGAAAGGAAGAAACGACCAUGACGUCAGACGCCAAGAACUGAAGUAAGCAAUGACAUCCUUAAGAUACCAUUGUCAACAGCAAAGAGGAUGAAAUGGGAACCCCUUCGUUUACUGGAGACCACAGAGAGAAACGUUUUACUAUUAUGUUUAGAGGGCAGUGCACGCUCCAGUAGAGUGAUGAAUGGGUUUUUUGAUUGACAGUGGUGGCGAAAUUCAAGGCUGACCUGCUUCUAGAAUGUGCAUGCAUUUGAAGCUACACAUGUGUAGAGCUACUAGUAUAUUUUGGACUAAAUUUCCUUAAGGUCAAGGUCAUAUAGAGAGUUACAGCCAUACUGUAGCUGACUGUGUGUGUGUGGAGACUACUUUCAGUUCCUGUGACUGAAAAAAAACAACAACGUGAACAUACCUGUGUCCAAGUAUUAGGCAGAAUAUUUUACUAAAUGACCUUUGAUCUAGCGACCAGAAGGAAACAACUGUGUGUUAGUAUGAGACAGUGUGAAUCUGUCUGUACCAGUCACAAGUUUGCUGUGUAUAGAGACAGUGUUUUCUUAACAACUGACAUUACUUUCUCGAAUCGCUUUUGACUUUGAGUAACUCUUGAUUCAGACGAUGUGCAUCAAGUUUGAAAUCAGCACUGCAACAGAGCAGUCCCUCUACACCCCCAGUAAUGUGACUUCACCACAUUUUAUCAGACUGCAGAGCGUUGUCAACAUAUCUUUACACCACUACCUUUAAUCUUCUCGGUGUGGAAAGAACGUUUUGAAACCUCGGCGUAUGAGACUAUGUGUAAAAAGGUGAAUAGUGAAACAAGGUGACGUCUGACAGUACAAGUCUUUUGGUGGGGCAGCUUUCCACCAAAACAGCCUCAGAACAAUGGACUCCAUUCAUGGCGUUUUAAGAUCUACAUUCUUAGGAUGUAUGACUAAUUAUAGCCCCAUACCUAGUGUUUACCCCCAAUCCUCAGGACAUUUUAUCUUAUUCCUAUUCUUAUCUUAUUAUAUGUCGAGAACCCAUUUGACUCCAUUCUAUGUGCACAGUUUGACAGAUAGUUCUCAACUUACAGCCAAUGUCGACCAGAUACGAAGGUACAGAAUCGCCGUGAUGAGUGACCAAGGCCCGCAUUACCAAACACUUAUUAUAAAUGCUGAUCAGUUGAGAUGUAUUUCCUUUUAAACAAAUUCACAAUGUAGUGAAGCAAGUCUCCUAUUUGUAUUGUACAUGAGUACUUAAUGACCAGUUUUGAUUAGUUAAACUGAUGAUGUAUAGUUAGUGAUUUUUUCUCCAAUACUAGUUAAUUCUUUAUGUUGUAAAGAAAUUGGAUGAAAUUAUGAACAAGGGGAGUUCAUUGGGCAAUGUAGAGAUGUUAACUUAUAAUUUGUGUGAUUCUGUCAUUUUUUUAUUUUUCCAAUUUGGUUUUGAGUUCAAUACUAUUGAGGGUAGAGUGUAUCUGUAUUUUUGUGUGUGCACUCUUUCUUUACCUGAUACUGAAAGCUAAGCUAGUAAUUUUGUACGCUAUUAAUAGGUUAUAUUAAUAGCUUAUUUUGGUAAGGGGGGAAUGUGGUGAUUAUGUUUUGUAUAUAAUAUUGUAAACGGUACGUCAUAGAACCUUGGUUGUAAGACGUAAAGAAUUCUAUGUUUAUUUAUUAUUUUACUAUUAUUUCAUUGGUCCAUUGGUUGGGACAGAGUGACAGCCCUUGAGUUUGUUAUUGUUGAUAGAGGACCGGAGUUUUGGGAUAGCAUAGUAGGAGCCAUUAUAAGGCAGUUCAGAUAGUUAAUGUAUAUUUAGGAAUUCAGCUUUUGUUGGCGUUAUCUACAGUUAUAAUUUAUUCUUAUUUCUUAUUAAAUACUUCUUAUUUCUAAUGCA